AUGCGGCUAGUCGCCGUGGUUGAAGGGACGGUGCCGGUCUUCGUUUCAGGUGGGGACGCGGAGGGUCUGGAGAUGUCGGCUUCUUCUUCCAUGCAGACCGGCGGGCCGCAGAGCCCCUUGGACUUGAAACCCGACACGGCCACACUCUUGGCGCAUGCGGCGUCGGCGUUCAGCCCCGGGAGCACGGGGCCCAACUCGCCGUCGGGGAUGUCCUCGGCGGCGUUCUCGGUGCACUCGUCGGCCGGGGGCUACAUGAGCCCGAGCAACCUGAGCGGGAAGGGGCCGGGCGGCGGGAGCGGAGGCACGACCUCACCCACCAACUACCCACCGAACCACCCACUUUCGGGGUCCAAGCACCUAUGCAGCAUCUGCGGGGACCGCGCCAGCGGGAAGCACUACGGCGUGUACAGCUGUGAAGGAUGCAAGGGAUUCUUCAAACGAACCGUCCGCAAAGAUCUGACGUACGCCUGCCGAGAGGAUCGCAACUGCAUAAUAGACAAGCGACAGCGUAAUCGGUGCCAGUACUGCCGCUACCAGAAAUGCCUCGCCAUGGGGAUGAAGAGGGAGGCCGUGCAGGAGGAGAGACAGCGCACGAAGGAGAAGGGGGAGAACGAGGUGGAGUCCACGAGCGGGACCCCCAACGACAUGCCGGUCGAGAGAUUCCUCGAGGCCGAGAAGCGGGUGGAGACCAGGGAGGACCAUUCGGCGGAUUCGGAGGUGAGUGGGUGGGGUGGGGUCGGGGUGGAGCGUGAGAGAGAUGACGUGACGAACAUCUGUCAGGCUGCGGACAAGCAGUUGAUUCAGCUCGUCGAGUGGGCCAAACACAUUCCUCAUUUUACCGACCUCCCUCUCGACGAUCAAGUUUGUCUUCUGAGAGCAGGCUGGAACGAACUCCUCAUCGCCGCCUUCUCCCACCGGUCCAUGGAGGUGAAGGACGGGAUCCUGUUGGCGUCGGGGCUGCUCGUGCAGCGGAACUCGGCGCACGGGGCCGGGGUGGGCUCCAUCUUCGACCGGGUCCUCACGGAGCUGGUGGCGAAGAUGCGGGAGAUGCGCAUGGACAAGACGGAGCUCGGAUGCUUGAGGGCGAUCGUCCUUUUCAAUCCGGAGGCGAAAGGACUGCGCUCGGUGAACCAGGUGAUGACCUUGAGGGAGAAGGUGUUCGUCUCCCUCGAAGAGUAUUGCAAGCAGACGUACCCGGAAGAGAACGGUCGCUUCGCGAAGCUCCUCCUGCGUCUGCCAGCCCUAAGGAGCAUCGGUCUCAAAUGCUUGGAGCAUCUGUUCUUCUUCAAGCUGAUCGGAGACACCCCGCUCGACACCCUCCUCAUGGAGAUGCUAGAGGCGCCGGCCGACCCAUGAGAGAGGGGAAUGAUCUGGUGGCGUGAUACGUUGGGGG